AUGGCAACCGACAACGCUGUCUUUGCCAUUGGCAUUCCUAACGUCAAGCGCCGGCUUUGGUUUACGAUUGACCGGAAAUAUCCGUCUCGACUGUGGACUGAUCCCACGAGCUACCGGCAGUACAUGAAUGUCAGCCAACUCCCGUCCCAGAUCUACGGAGAGCCAGGCUGCCAGGUCCAGGGCAUUGUGCCGGAUAGUCUCGUGAAGCUAGGAUCAACAGUUCAACGCACUAAAUCAACCCUCGAUGGCAUACUAUCGUUGCAUGCUACAUAUGAGAAGUUAUCAGAAGCGACAGAGACAAUGAAUGGCUGGGAAGCAUCCACAGGGCGCGAAAUUGAGUGGACUACGAAAGCUGAGCCCAGCCAGACAACCUCCGAUGUGCUUGCAAGAUUGACUUGCGGUACCUACGUCUUUAUUAUGACACACUCAAUACCGGGCUAG